AUGGCCACUUGUACUAGUACUAGUACAACUACAACCUUUCCAACAGUGGACAAAUGCAACUCUAUAGGGAGAGAAAAACACACUGUGGUUGCAGACAUGGAUGGAACCUUACUUAGAGGCCGUAGUUCAUUCCCUUACUUUGCUCUUGUGGCCUUUGAAGUUGGUGGUGUUCUAAGGCUUCUCUUCUAUCUCUUGGCUUCCCCUAUAGCAGGCAUUCUCUAUUACUUUGUCUCUGAAUCUGCUGGAAUACAAGUUCUUAUCUUUGCAUCAAUGGCGGGGAUGAAGAUCUCAAGCAUUGAGUCAGUGGCGCGUGCUGUUCUUCCCAAGUUUUAUUCAGGUGACCUCCAUCCUGAGAGCUGGCGCGUGUUCUCUUCUUGUGGGAAGCGUUGUGUUCUCACUGCUAAUCCAAGGAUCAUGGUGGAACCAUUCUUGAAGGAGUUUUUGGGUGCUGAUAUGGUUUUGGGGACUGAGAUAGGGAGUUAUAAGGGUAGAGCAACUGGGUUGAUUUGUGAGCCUGGAAUACUUGUUGGAAUGAAGAAAGCAGAUGCACUCAAGAAAAGUUUUGCUGAUGAACAACCUGAAAUUGGGCUUGGAGAUAGACUCACUGAUGCUCCCUUCAUGGCUUUGUGCAAGGAGGCAUACAUAGUGCCAGCAAAACCAGAGGUGAAAGCAGUGACAUGUGAAAAGCUUCCCAAGCCCAUAAUCUUCCAUGAUGGAAGACUUGUCCAAAAACCAACACCCCUCAUUGCCUUACUAACACUUGUAUGGAUCCCAUUAGGGUUUCUCUUAGCAUGUCUCAGAAUUGCAGCAGGGUCACUUCUUCCAAUGCCAUUAGUCUACUAUGCAUUUUGGGCACUAGGUGUACGUGUCAUCAUCAAAGGCACUCCACCUCCUCCAGUCAAAAAAUCCAACGGCCAAAGUGGUGUUCUCUUCAUUUGCUCUCACAGAACCCUACUUGACCCCAUUUUUCUCUCCACAGCUCUUGGACGCCCUAUACCAGCAGUAACCUACUCAGUUUCACGCCUUUCUGAGAUCAUUUCACCAAUCAAAACCGUUAGGUUAAACCGUGACAGAGCCAAAGAUGCUUCCAUGAUCAAGAAACUCUUGGAACAAGGUGACUUGGCUAUAUGCCCUGAAGGAACAACUUGUAGGGAACCUUUCCUUUUAAGGUUUUCUGCUUUGUUUGCUGAGUUAACAGAUGAACUUGUUCCAGUGGCUAUGGUUAACCGCAUGAGCAUGUUUCAUGGAACAACUGCUAGAGGGUGGAAAGGAAUGGACCCUUUCUACUUCUUCAUGAACCCUAGCCCUGCUUAUGAAGUAACAUUCUUGAACAAGUUACCUAAAGAGUUAACUUGUGGUUCUGGCCACAAGUUAAGCCAUGAUGUUGCAAAUUAUAUUCAGAGGGUUAUUGCUUCAACUUUGUCUUAUGAGUGCACUAGCUUUACAAGGAAAGAUAAGUAUAAAGCACUUGCUGGUAAUGAUGGAACUGUUGUGGAGAAGCCUCUGCUGCUUAACGCUAACAAAGUCAUGGGUUGCUGA